AAAAACCAUUUUGGGACGUCAUAGAGAAAAUGAACGUAGUUGGGUGUUUUUGAUAUUAACAAUGUCGCGAUGUACCGUAGGUACUCACUUCAGUUCGGGUCGUUUUAAUUUUUAGUUUCUUUGUAACGGCGUUAUCUACGACGCGUAUCCGACCAUUGCAGAACAGUCAACACCCAGCUUUUUGUUAAAGAAUAAAAAAAUAACGAAUACAAAAUGUCGUCGGUGAAAGUAGCCGUUCGAGUUCGGCCGUUUAAUAACCGCGAGGUAUCGCGCGAAUGCAAAUGUAUCAUCGACAUGGGAGGAAAUACAACAACAAUAGCAAACCCGAAAGCUCCACCCGGUACAAAAGAUGCUCAAAAAAGUUUUAAUUUCGACUACUCCUAUUGGUCGCAUAACGAAUAUGAUCCCGAAUUUUCAUCCCAACUUGUGGUGUACAGAGAUAUCGGAGAAGAGAUGCUGCAGCACGCCUUCGACGGUUACAACGUGUGCAUAUUCGCCUACGGGCAAACCGGGGCGGGUAAAUCGUACACCAUGAUGGGAAGGCAGGAGGAAGGUCAGGAGGGAAUCAUUCCUCAAAUUUGCAAAGAUUUAUUUUAUAAAAUACGCGAUAGCGACGAAGAAAUUAAGUAUUCCGUUGAGGUUAGUUACAUGGAAAUUUAUUGCGAGAGAGUGCGCGAUUUGUUAAAUCCGAAAAAUAAGGGCAACUUGAGGGUGCGUGAGCAUCCGCUGUUAGGGCCGUACGUUGAAGAUUUAAGCAAACUGGCUGUCACUAGUUAUCAGGAUAUACACAAUUUGAUCGACGAAGGGAACAAGGCUAGGACCGUAGCCGCUACCAAUAUGAACGAGACGAGUUCGCGUUCGCACGCAGUUUUUACGAUCUUCUUCACUCAACAAAGAUACGACGCCACCACAGAUCUAUCGACGGAAAAGGUUUCCAAAAUAUCUCUAGUUGAUCUUGCCGGAUCCGAACGAGCGGAUUCGACCGGCGCCAAAGGAACGCGACUAAAAGAGGGCGCCAACAUAAACAAGAGUCUUACGACUCUGGGAAAAGUAAUAUCGGCUCUGGCGGAAAUGUCGGUAAUGAAGAGCAAGAAAUCGAAGAAGGCCGACUUUAUUCCGUACAGAGACUCGGUUCUUACGUGGCUGCUGCGCGAGAAUCUUGGCGGUAAUAGUAAAACGGCAAUGAUCGCCGCGAUUUCGCCCGCAGAUAUCAACUACGACGAGACGCUUUCGACGCUAAGAUACGCCGACCGUGCGAAACAGAUCGUAUGCAAGGCCGUCAUCAACGAGGAUGCGAACGCGAAACUUAUUAGAGAACUCAAGGAGGAGAUUCAGAAACUGCGAGAGUUGCUCAAGGCCGAGGGAAUCGAAGUUCACGAAGGUCCUGAUGGUAAAGUAAUUUAUGAGAAACGAGAGGUUCCUAGAACGGAAAUUAGCCGAAAUAAUAAGGAUAGUGAGAGGAUCCGCACCGUCUCCACGUCGUUGGCCGAAGAGGCCGUCGAUCAACUUCAAGCCAGCGAAAAGCUGAUAGCAGAGCUGAACGAGACGUGGGAGGAGAAAUUGAAGCGAACGGAGGCCAUUCGCGUACAACGCGAGGCUGUAUUUGCCGAGAUGGGUGUUGCCGUUAAAGAGGACGGCGAUACAGUCGGCGUGUUUUCUCCAAAGAAAACCCCUCAUUUAGUGAACUUAAAUGAGGAUCCUUCAAUGUCUGAAUGUCUUAUAUACUAUAUUAAGGACGGUAUUACUCGGGUGGGUUCGUCCGAAGCGAACUUGCCGCAAGACGUACAACUGUUCGGAUCACACAUAAAACCGGAGCACUGCAUAUUCGAGAACAGAGAAGGACAAAUCACUCUCGUUCCGUGCUCGGGCGCCACCACGUACGUGAACGGCAGAGAGAUUUUGGAACCGGUCGUCUUGAAAACGGGCUCCAGAGUGAUAUUGGGCAAAAAUCACGUCUUCCGAUUCACCCAGCCGGACGCUGCCAGAGAACGCAAGGAGAAGAACAGUUCGGCGACCGAGAACGAGAAUAACGUCGAUUGGAACUUCGCCCAGAUCGAACUGCUGGAGAAGCAAGGUAUCGACCUGAAGGCGGAGAUGGAGAAGCGUCUGUUAAAGAUGGAGGAAGACUUUCGCAAGGAAAAGGAGACCGCGGAUCAGCUCUUCGAAGAGCAGAGAAAGAGCUACGAGGCACGUAUCGAUGCCUUGCAAAAGCAAGUCGAAGAGCAGAGUAUGACGAUGUCGAUGUACAGUUCGUAUACACCCGAAGAUUUCAAUAACGAGGACGAUAUUUUCGUGAACCCUCUAUUUGACGCAGAAUGCAACUGGGCCGAACGCGAGUACGAGCUGGCUGCGAUGGCCUGGCGAAAAUGGAAGCAUCACCAGUUCACGUCGCUGCGAGACGAUCUGUGGGGUAACGCUAUAUUCCUCAAGGAAGCGAACGCGAUAUCGGUAGAGCUGAAGAAGAAGGUACAGUUUCAAUUUACCCUGUUAACCGACACCUUAUACUCACCGCUUCCUCCCGAUUUGCGACCAAUAAUCGACUACGAUCAAGACGAAGAUUGCGCAAUCGCGCGAACGAUAGUGGCCGUGGAGGUUCAGGACACGAAGAACGGCGCAACUCACUAUUGGAGCUUGGAUAAGCUGCGUCAACGGUUGGAGUUGAUGCGGUUGGUAUACAACGAAGAGGUGGACACGCCCAGCCCUUUAAGCGUGGAAGAUGCAGUUCCGUUACUGCGCUGCCUCACGCAGUGCCCACCCGCGCCGUCACGCUUCUCACUCACGACACUUUUACCAUCGAGGCAAAGAUUGGAGCUGAUGAGGGAAAUGUAUCAUAACGAGGCCGAACUUUCGCCGACAUCGCCCGACUACAACGUGGAGUCGCUGACCGGAGGGGAUCCGUUUUACGAUCGUUUCCCCUGGUUCCGAAUGGUCGGCAGGGGUUUUGUUUAUCUCAGUAAUCUGUUGUAUCCCGUCACGCUUGUACAUAAAGUCGCGAUCGUUAGCGAGAAGGGGGACGUGCGGGGCUAUCUACGAGUCGCUGUUCAGGCUGUGAUCGACGAAGACAAUUCUGACCAAGUGGGUGUGAGACAGAGCGCUCGUAUUGCCUUCGAAUCUUCCAAAGGUAGCUAUACCGCGCACGUGCCUUACAAUAUUCUCACUCGACGCAUUUCAGCGAUUAUGGAUAGAAAUUCGCAUAAUUUAGAGGAACGCAUCAUAGAAGGUCACAACAUAAUAGACCCGAUCAAAAUCGAUGAGCUAAUUGAAUGUGAUACAGAUUCUGGAAAAGGAGACAGUUCGGUCUCGUCCGAUUUUAAAGAUGAGGACGUGCCCGAUCACUUAACCAUUGGAAAAGAGUUCACUUUUCGCGUUACGGUCUUGCAGGCGAUCGGUGUGUCGACGGAAUAUGCAGACAUCUUCUGCCAGUUUAACUUUUUGCACCGACAUGACGAGGCGUUCUCAACUGAACCUGUUAAAAACACGGGAAAAGGCACUCCCUUAGGCUUCUACCAUGUUCAAAAUAUCACGGUGUCAACAACCAAAUCCUUUAUUGAAUACAUAAAAACACACCCGAUUGUAUUCGAAGUGUUCGGCCACUAUCAGCAACACCCAUUGCAUAAGGACGCGAAAUUGGAGGGCUCGGUACGACAGCCACCGCGCCGAAUGCUUCCACCCUCAAUUCCGAUUUCUCAACCGGUGCGGUCUAGUAAGUUCGGCGCCUUACCCUCCCCGUGCACUGCGCACAUCCACGCAAAGGUGGACGUCCUGGUCUGGUUCGAGAUAUGCGAGUUGGCACCUAAUGGCGAAUACGUACCGGCGGUUGUCGAACACAGUGACGAUCUACCAUGUCGCGGAUUAUUUUUGUUACACCAGGGUAUACAAAGACGCAUUCGCAUCACGAUUGUGCACGACCAAUCGGCCGAGCUGCGAUGGCGAGACGUUCGCGAGUUAGUCGUCGGACGAAUACGAAACAGCCCCGAAUCGGACGAAGACGAGGACAAUGACAAUUCUGUACUAUCUCUGGCCCUCUUCCCCGGCGAGUAUCUCGAAAUACCCGGCGACGAUCGCACGAUGUUCAUGUUCGAGGCGGCCUGGGACAGUUCCCUACACAACUCCCCACUUCUCAAUCGCGUCACGUCCCCCGGAGAGCAAAUAUUUAUGACAAUUUCCGCAUACUUAGAGCUCGAGAACUGCGGACGACCGACGAUCAUCACUAAGGAUCUCAGCAUGGUGAUAUACGGGCGCGACGCGCGCACCGGUCCCCGAUCUCUGAAGCACCUCUUCUCGGGCAACUACCGAAACGCGGAGGCGAACCGACUGACCGGAAUUUACGAGUUAUUGCUGCGGCGCGCCAGUGAAGCAGGUAGUCCAGGUGUGCAACGCCGUCAGCGAAGGGUUUUGGAUACCAGUUCGACGUACGUUCGCGGUGAAGAAAACUUGCACGGUUGGAGGCCGCGCGGCGAUUCGUUAAUUUUCGAUCACCAAUGGGAAUUGGAGAAGUUGACGCGUCUCGAGGAGGUGGAGCGAGUGCGUCACACUUUGCUUUUACGCGAACGUCUAGGUCUAGAUCGCACCAGUAACCAGAUAAAGACCCAACCCGAAUACACAAAAAGCGAAAAGGAAGUCUGCAAUAUGGUAGCUAAGAAUAGUAAUAUUAACGUAUCCUCGAACAUAGAUAACUGCGAAUAUACGGACCGGGAAAGAAAUCUUUUGAAUAAAUGCGCGAAACUAAUUCAAGGCAAAUGUCGCGAUUCAAGUAGUGCAAAGGACAGCGACUAUACCAGUCCCUCCGAGGAGGUUACCGAUUUGAGUACAAGUAUGAUAUCGAGUAUGGUUUCCGGCAGCUCCAUUGAACUCUGCUCGCCUGAACGGGCAGCGCUACCGGGUGAAUGUGCGCCCUUCCCACCGGCCCCCGUUUCGCCGCAGGGUCCCAGAGAUCCCGAACUCGUAUUGUACGUCCCAGACAUGGAAGAAAUUAGAAUUUCGCCAGUAAUCGCCAGAAAAGGGUACCUAAACGUACUGGAACACAAAACGCACGGCUGGAAAAAACGCUGGGUGGCGGUGCGUCGGCCCUACGUUUUCAUUUUUCGCGACGAUAAGGAUCCAGUGGAACGCGCCCUAAUCAAUUUGGCAACCGCUCAAGUCGAAUAUUCAGAGGACCAGUCCGCCAUGGUGCGACUGCCGAACACGUUCAGCGUCGUCAGCAAGCACAGAGGUUACCUACUGCAGACACUCAACGAACGGGAGGUUCACGACUGGCUGUACGCAAUAAACCCAUUACUAGCGGGACAGAUUCGAUCCAAGUCGGCACGACGAAAUCCGUCUAACAACAAAUCCGAUCAGCUUAGUCAGUACAGCAUCGAAGGGAAGGAGGUUAAUUCGAAAUGAGA